GCAGUUACCAUAUUUAAACAAGAGGAAUAACAAGGGAAACAGGAGAAUUAGUAAGGAAAACAGAGGAGAUUUCUGAAUAAGUUGAAAGGGAUUCAGGAGACUUAAGUGCAGGAUCCCUACAAACCAUAAGUGAUAGAAAUAUUGAAACUUUAAAAAGAGGGGAACUCAAUUUAAGUUUAAAGACGAAAUAUUUUCUUGUUUCUUUAAUUUACAUGCAAUGUCUGAUGAAAGUAAUUAAAUUAGAAAACAGACAGCGAUAUAUAACAAAAGUCUAUAUUUUGAAAAUAUAUACAUAUUUGUACAGCUAUCUUAUAAAAGGGGACUUAUUAGGUGUCAAUAUGUCAUACUUACUGUCAUACUGCAUGUAUGUCUGGCUAAUUUUGUUACCUGUACGGACAAGUGCACUGAAUGAAGAAAUCGAGGUGUUGGUCUUAUUGCCAAAAAACAAUACUUACAUAUUCUCAAUUCCAAGAGUUAGACCAGCUAUAGAAUAUGCACGGACGAGACUUAGUGGAGAUCUCUACCCAGGACUCAAUUUUACUGUCCACUAUGAAAAUUCCGAUUGUGGCAAUGAAGCGCUCUUCAGCCUAGUGAACAGGUCUUGCAUGAAGAAGCCCGACUUGAUUCUCGGUCCCGUCUGCGAGUACGCCGCAGCUCCGGUGAUCAGGAUGGCAUCGCACUGGAACAUCCCGGUGAUCUCGGCAGGUGCCUUGGCCACCGGCUUCAGCCAAAAAGACAAGGAAUACUCGCACCUGACCAGAAUCGCUCCUUCUUACCUGAAAAUGGCCGAGACCUUCUCCGCUCUGUUCGAGCAUUUCGGCUGGAAUAGAGUGCUUCUGAUCUACGAAGAUGACAGCGAGGAGCGGAACUGCUACUUCACCGUCGAGGGGGUCCACAGCAGUCUACACGUGGAGGGUUACAAAGUAGACCACAUUGUCAUUCACAAAGACCACUCGGUGGAAACCGACGAGAUCAUCAAAGACAUCUACAAAACUGAAGUUGUAGUGAUGUGUGCCGGGGCCGACACCGUCAGAGAUAUCAUGCUGGCCGCCCAUCGAAGGAGACUGACCAACGGUAGCUACAUCUUCUUCAAUAUCGAGCUCUUCAACUCCUCUUCUUAUGGGAACGGGUCGUGGAGGAGAGGAGAUAAGUACGAUUCGGAAGCCAGGCUGGCGUACUCCGCUCUCAACGUGGUGACCCUAAUGAGGACCGUCAAGGCCGAGUUCGAGACGUUUACCGCAGAGGUCAAGAAGUCCAUCCAACGGGCAGGGAUCGGGGCGGACAAUGCUAAUGUAAACAUGUUCAUGGAGGGCUUCCAUGAUGCAUUGCUGCUGUAUGCCCUGGCCCUUCACGAAGUGGUGAAAAGCGGUUCUAGCAAGAAAAACGGAGCGCAGAUUACCCAGAGCAUGUGGAACAGAUCUUUUGAAGGAAUCGCGGGCCAGGUGUCUAUAGAUGAGAACGGAGACCGAAACGGUGAUUUCUCCGUACUGACCAUGACAGACACGCAGACAGGCACCUAUGAGGCUGUGUUUAAUUACUUUGGUGUGAACCAGAGUUUGGAGAUGAUGCCUAGGAUCACCAUGGAGCAUUUCACCCUGCGGGAGAGGCACUGGACUCCCGGCCCAGAGCAGCCUGACCAAUCAUCAGGUGGACUAGGAGUAUCCGCUGUCACUGGCAUCAUCGUUGGAGCGCUUCUGGGAACUGCAUUGCUAAUGGCAUUCUACUUUUUCAGGAAGAACUACAGGAUAACCAUCGAGCGAAGGACACAGAGGGAGGAGUGCGACAUCGGGAAGCACCGGCAGUUGCGGGAGGACUCCAUCAGGUCGAACUUCUCGGCGGCGUAGAGACGGAACGCGCUGGAAAGCCGUCAGCGUUCCCGUUCCAGGGAAGUGUGUCGCGGAAUGUGACCAAAGACUCUGCAAAGCUGUCAAAGGACUCCUUAUUAUUUAAAGACAUACUGUAGUGUUGUUGUUUUUUAAUAUCCAUUUUUUGACUUUCAUAAACUCAGGAAAGUUGUAUCAAUCACGCAGUGCCACUGCCACAGCAUUUCAUCUCUGUAGAGAAAACAAACCAACACAGGAUGUAUUUUAAAAUGUUCCAGUUUCGUUUUCUGUUUUUUUGCGGAGGGCCAGUAUUGAGGCUAGAGGAAGCAUUGGUUCCCUAAUUAUGCAUAUAACAAUGUCUGGAAAAGCCUCACUAUUCUAGUGAAUAGGACAUUUUUAAAUUUGAAAUUCAUUGUAAAUUCCUAAAAAAAACGCUCAUUGGAUUUGUGGGAAUAAAUACACUAUGUGUUAGUCUGA